UCUAUCAGAUUCCAUACUAAUCGGAAAAAAUGGCACAGAAACUUAACUUGACUAAUCUCGCCGUCGCUCCGGUCACCCACCGCUCUAACUUCCCUUCCACAUUCACCUUCGGCGUUGCCACUUCCGCUUACCAGAUUGAAGGAGGUUGGAAUGAAGGUAAAAAAGGACCAAGUAUAUGGGAUAAGUUUACUCAUCUUGAAGGGAAAAUUCUUGAUGGAAGUAACGGCGAUGUUGCUGUGGAUCAUUACCAUAGAUACAAGGAAGAUGUUGAACUUAUAGGACAAUUAGGAUUCAGUGCUUACAGAUUUUCUAUAUCCUGGUCUCGCAUUUUCCCUGAUGGCUUGGGAACUGAAGUCAAUGAAGAAGGCAUUGCUUUCUACAACAAUCUCAUCAAUUCACUUCUCGAAAAAGGUAUUCAGCCGUUUGUAACUCUGUACCAUUGGGAUCUCCCAUCCCAUCUCCAGGAAGCAAUCGGAGGUUGGACAAAUAGGAAAAUUGUCGAUUAUUUUGGCCUCUAUGCAGAUGCUUGUUUUGCCAAUUUUGGUGAUAGAGUGAAACACUGGAUCACAUUAAAUGAACCUCUUCAGACCUCGGUGAAUGGACACUGUAUUGGUAUAUUUGCACCUGGAAGAAAUGAGAAGCCCUUGAUCGAACCAUAUUUGGUCUCGCAUCAUCAGGUUUUGGCCCAUGCAACUGCUGUUUCCAUAUAUCGAAGCAAGUACAAGGAAAGUCAAGGUGGACAAAUCGGUUUGUCAGUUGAUUGUGAGUGGGCAGAGCCAAACUCAGAGAAACCGGAAGACAAGGUUGCUGCGGAUAGGCGAAUUGACUUUCAACUUGGAUGGUUCUUGGAUCCUUUGUUUUUUGGAGACUAUCCUGCAAGUAUGCGCCAGAAACUUGGAGACAAUCUUCCUAGAUUUACUCCGGAAGAAAAGGAGUUUCUGCUUCAAAACUCAUGGGACUUCCUUGGCCUGAACCACUAUACUACGAGGUUGAUUUCUCAUGUCUCAAAUAAAGAAGCUGAGAGUAACUUUUACCAAGCACAAGAACUGGAGAGGAUUGUUGAACAGGAAAAUGGAGAGCUGAUAGGCCAAAGGGCUGCUUCGGAUUGGCUUUAUGUUGUGCCUUGGGGAAUUCGGAAGACUUUGAAUUACAUCAGCAAAAAAUAUAACCACCCUCCAAUCUUUAUUACUGAAAAUGGUAUGGAUGACGAAGAUGAUGGAUCUGCCUCUAUCCAUGAUAUGCUUGACGAUAAGCGUAGAGUUGCCUAUUUCAAGAGUUACCUUGCCAAUGUCUCUCAGGCUAUUGAAGACGGAGUGGACAUAAAGGGAUACUUUGCGUGGUCGUUGCUGGACAACUUCGAGUGGGCGCAAGGGUAUACCAAGAGAUUUGGUUUGGUAUAUGUAGACUACAAGAACGGUUUAACCCGUCAUCCAAAAUCAUCUGCUUAUUGGUUCAUGAAAUUUCUGAAAGGUGAUGAAGAAAACAAAGCUUCUCCUUCUUCUCCGAUUCUCACCGUUGUCUCCAGCUCAGGCUCAUUGGAUCCGAAAAUUAGUGGAUCACUUGGAUCUCGAAUCCUUCCUGCUACUCAAAGAUCAUCCCCAUCAGACAAUCUUCUCCUCCAUAGGACAAUGUCAUCUAAUUACCUGAGGCAUGUGGAGUCCAUGUCCCAGCUACCCUCAGGUGCCGGAAAGAUCUCUCAGUUGAACGCCGUCGUUUUAGGAGAAUCCCUUGCAUCAGAGGACAAUGAUCUCAUCUUUCCCAGCAAGGAAUUCUCCGGCCAGGCUCUUAUUUCCUCCCCUCAACAGUACAUGGAAAUGCAUAAGAGGUCGAUGGAUGACCCUGCUGGUUUUUGGUCUGAUAUUGCGUCUGAGUUUUACUGGAAGCAGAAAUGGGGUGACCAAGUGUUUUCCGAAAAUCUCGAUGUCAGGAAGGGUCCUAUUAGCAUUGAGUGGUUUAAAGGGGGAAUCACCAAUAUUUGCUACAACUGUUUGGACAAAAACGUUGAAGCUGGGUUGGGUGAUAAAACAGCCAUAUACUGGGAAGGAAAUGAACUUGGGGUAGAUGCUUCCUUAACUUAUUCUGAGUUGCUCCAACAAGUUUGCCAGCUUGCUAAUUACUUGAAAGAUAAUGGAGUGAAGAAGGGCGAUGCUGUUGUAAUUUAUUUACCUAUGUUGAUGGAACUUCCCAUCGCUAUGCUUGCAUGUGCACGGAUUGGAGCUGUUCAUUCGGUUGUCUUUGCGGGAUUUUCUGCUGACUCUCUUGCCCAAAGAAUCAUUGAUUGCAAGCCAAAAGUGAUACUGACUUGCAAUGCUGUUAAAAGAGGCCCUAAGACCAUAAACCUUAAAGCUAUUGUUGAUGCUGCACUUGACCAAUCUUCUAAAGAUGGAGUCUCAGUAGGUAUAUGCUUGACCUAUGACAACUCGUUAGCCACGACAAGGGAAAACACUAAAUGGCUUAAUGGAAGAGAUGUCUGGUGGCAGGAUGUCAUUUCUCAAUAUCCAACAUCGUGUGAGGUGGAAUGGGUUGAUGCAGAAGAUCCCCUGUUUUUGCUCUACACAAGUGGAAGUACCGGGAAGCCAAAGGGUGUCCUACACACAACUGGAGGGUAUAUGAUCUACACUGCUACAACAUUCAAAUAUGCAUUUGAUUACAAAUCAACAGAUGUGUACUGGUGUACAGCAGACUGUGGUUGGAUAACUGGCCAUAGCUAUGUUACUUAUGGACCAAUGCUAAAUGGAGCUACUGUUGUUGUCUUCGAAGGGGCUCCAAACUACCCUGAUUCUGGACGCUGUUGGGAUAUUGUUGACAAAUACAAAGUUUCAAUAUUUUAUACUGCCCCAACAUUGGUGAGGUCUCUCAUGCGCGAUGAUGAUAAGUAUGUAACACGACACUCUCGCAAAUCUCUACGGGUCCUUGGAAGUGUGGGAGAGCCCAUCAAUCCUAGUGCCUGGAGAUGGUUCUUCAAUGUAGUCGGUGAUUCAAGGUGUCCCAUUUCAGAUACGUGGUGGCAAACUGAAACUGGUGGCUUCAUGAUAACCCCACUUCCAGGUGCUUGGCCGCAGAAGCCUGGUUCAGCUACUUUCCCUUUCUUUGGUGUUCAGCCUGUCAUAGUUGAUGAAAAAGGCAUUGAAAUCGAAGGCGAGUGUAGUGGUUAUCUUUGUGUCAAAGGUUCAUGGCCUGGGGCGUUUCGAACUCUGUUUGGGGAUCAUGAAAGAUAUGAAACCACAUACUUUAAACCUUUUGCCGGAUAUUAUUUCAGUGGUGAUGGUUGCAGCAGAGACAAGGAUGGUUACUACUGGCUUACAGGGAGGGUUGAUGAUGUUAUCAACGUCAGUGGCCAUCGAAUCGGAACUGCUGAAGUGGAAUCUGCUCUGGUUUUACAUCCUCAAUGUGCAGAAGCAGCUGUUGUAGGCAUAGAACAUGAGGUAAAAGGUCAGGGAAUUUAUGCGUUUGUCACUCUUCUGGAAGGUGUUCCUUACAGCGAGGAGCUUCGGAAAAGCCUAGUACUAAUGGUCCGAAAUCAGAUUGGGGCUUUUGCAGCACCGGACAGAAUACAUUGGGCACCAGGGUUGCCAAAGACGAGAAGCGGAAAGAUAAUGAGAAGAAUCUUGAGAAAGAUUGCUUCAAGGCAAUUAGAAGAACUCGGAGAUAUUAGCACACUCGCGGAUCCUAGUGUAGUUGAUCAGCUUAUUGCACUUGCUGAUGUGUGAUGUAACCAUAGCAUAUGAGCCAAUGGAGAGUAAUGGAGUUUUGUGCACCUCUAUGUUUUCAGGUGUCUUAUAGAGGGAAUGGUACAAAAAUCUGAAACAAGAUUCAGGUGUUUGUGAGGAAAUAAAGUAAGCUGACUAUAUUGUUGUGUUUUUUAAUAAAGAAAUUUCUGUUUC